CUCCUUCCUCUCACCACAGCAGCGCGUCUCUCACCGCGCCUUGGAUGCCGUGUGACCAGCAGCGCCGAGCGCAGAAACCGUCCGAGCAAAAAACCGCCCGUCCGCACAGCAGCACCGCAAUAAUAAAACCCAAACGAUGACAUUCAUACAGAAACGACAGGAGCAAACAUUUAUUUGACAACCUACGACCCCCACACCUUGCCUUCGUCGCUACUCGCUGUAAGCGGCUGUGGAGUUCUCACAACUGUGUGCCACUCAAUAAGACACACACAGAUUGGGAAAUUGCACUGCUUGGGUUUAGAGCUCUGGACACGUGACCCUGAUCCAACUCUCCGGCCCCCCUCCCCCAGCCCAUCGGCCCUCCAGUCCAGCGGGACCAUGAUGCUCAGCAGCUCCGUUGAGGUGCCCAGUCCGGGCGGGAUGAGCGGCCUUAGUGGGCUGAGUGCGGCGGCCCGGAACGUGGUGCGCUCCUCCAGCAUCUCGGGGGCCAUGUACAGCCUGGACAAAAGUCCCGGCAGCGGGGGUCCAGACUCUGCAUCGCUGGCUGGCAACAAGAAGCGGCGCUCCAGUUUGGGUGCCAAGAUGGUGGCCAUCGUGGGGCUGUCGCAGUGGAGCAAGAGCACACAGCAGCUCAACCAGCAAGACGGCGGGACGAAGAAGCUUCGCAGCACCAUCCGACGGAGCACAGAGACCGGCAUCGCCGUGGAGAUGAGGAACCGAGUGACACGGCAGGGCAGCAAGGACUCAACCGAUGGCAGCACCAACUCAAAUAGCUCCGACGGAACGUUUGUCUUCCCUACCACACGCCUGGGGCCUGAGAGCCAGUUCAGUGAUUUUUUGGAUGGACUAGGCCCCGCUCAGAUCGUAGGCCGGCAAACACUAGCUACGCCUCCGAUGGGGGAUGUCCAUGUAGGCAUGGUAGACAGAGGAGGGCAGCUGGAGGUGGAGGUCAACCAGGCCAGAGGGUUGAUCCCCAAACCAGGCUCCAAGAACAUACCAGCGACCUAUGUGAAGGUGUAUGUCCUUGAGAACGGCGUGUGCUUGGCCAAGAAGAAAACCAAAGUAGUAAAGAAGAAUCUGGACCCCACCUACCAGCAGGCUCUGUUGUUUGAUGAGAGUCCUCAGGGCAAAGUCCUACAGGUAAUAGUGUGGGGAGAUUAUGGGCGUAUGGACCACAAGUGCUUCAUGGGAAUGGCCCAGAUCCUUCUGGAGGACUUGGACCUGUCUGCCACAGUCAGCGGCUGGUACAAGCUGUUCCCUACCUCCUCUCUGGCAGAUCCCAGCAUCGGACCCCUCACCAGACGCCUCUCCCAGUCCUCCCUGGAGAGCGCCACCAGCCCCUCGUGCACCUAGACACCCAGGAGACACCCACAUGCACGAGCACAGGCAGAGUCAUGCAGACACAGACACACGUACUGUAUAUACACACCGACUGUAUUUGAAGCGCAAGGCAGGUAGGCAUACACACACAUACGCUCAUGUGCAUCUGUGCAGGAUGACACACUUAACACAUUCGUUCAAACACCUGAUUUCAUCCACAUUAAAACCCACUAACAUGCUGCCAUAUCCUUUACUGGACAACAGUGUACCUUUCAUCUCCUCACCCACUGAUCAGUUGACAGGACGAUUAGCAAAUCAAAGUAGACGUAACAUAGCUGAACAUGUAGCAUUUCUCACCCACCUGUUUCAGCAUUUCACACCAUGAAACCAGGAUUCACCGGGUGCCAUGUUCCGCGUUCCAAGUUACCAGAUUUCCGUGGCACGACUCAUCCCAGGGCCCAUCCCGAUGCCAGUUUCUAAACUCUCUAUGCCAAACUAAGAAAAAAACUUUAUUUUUUAAAACCAAAGCAAUUGUUAUUGUUAUUAUUACUAUAAGUAGUAGGUGAACUAGUAUACAAUAUAACGUAUGGAUAUGUAGCAGAGUCAAUGACUUAGAUGUAAUGCAAAAAAAGAAGAUACAUUCUACACACACAAGCUGAGAACGGUAGGCCAAACACAUUAACAUACCUGGGUUUACAGGCUUGGAUAUUCACAUAAUGGCUAUUAUGUGAGGUAGCAACACUGCUAUUCUAUAAUUUUCACAGGGCAGAGUUUAUAUAUAGAUAUAUAUAUCUAAAUAGAUAGUUAAAUACUUAUUUGUGUUUCGAUAUGUAUCGGCUGCAUUCUGCAUGUUUGCUUGCAAGACAUUUUAAAGUGCUUCAGUCUUUUUCAUUUAGCUUGACUUGACCAAUGUAACAGGAGUAUAGUGCCGCUUUAUUUUGCGAUCUGUCCUGAGAAAAAGAGCACUGCACUGAGUUACGGGAGCAAAGGACGGGGUUUUGGUGACAGGGUGAUUAUCAUCGCUAUCUGCAGAAAAAGAGAACAAAUUAGUCAGCCGGCCGCACGUUCGCUGAAGAACAUGUUUCUGAUCCUGCCUUCAUCUUUAGAGCAUCAGACUGCUGUAGCGCAGGGCGGUCAACACAAAGGCGUUCUGGGAAAUGUGACCAGCUCCAGUCUGGGGUUCUUGUGUUCCACAUCCAGGGGGUGCCACAGUCUCACUCUCUAUACCAGCGCCUAGACUAGUUUGAUCUUCCUGUUGAUUUCUCUGUUUUGAUGUUGUCAUUUUUAAUUCCUGUAUGACAAAGGAUGCAGAGAGAUGGCGCCGCCUCUCUCAGCCUCAAACACUGCUGGUAUCAACUACAACCUGUAACCCUCCUACGUUCUCUCUGGUCACUUCUUCUUGUCACACUGACUAUAACUAAAGCUGUUGUAAAUGUGUAAACAUGUAUUUGAUUCCACAUGAGUUUUUCUGUUUUGAUAUCUGACUGUUUUGCCAGUAUUACUUGGCUACCAUAUACGGUAACCUGCCAUAGUUGGGGGUCUUACUUGUUUCAGGUGCAAUUUGUCUACAACACGUCCUUCAGCAUUGUUUUAUAUCUCCUGUCAGGCAGUGCGUUUGUGUUUAGGACUGCACUUUAUUGUAAAAUAUGUAUUAUUUUUGAACUCUGAAGUUGCAGGGGUUGAACACUUGUUGAAUAUUUUUAUUUCAUUUAAUCACACUGCAUUGUGCACUUCUGAAGCUUUGAAUUCUGGCCCAGAAAUGUAACUCGAGCGCAUGUUUCGUUCCAGUGAGGAGGCCCACUAGAACAGCUCAAACAGGUCAGAUCAGCUGCUGCUUUUAAACUCCAAUCCGAGCAAACAUCAGCAGGAAUUUAUUUAAAAAAUCUUGUACAAGAAGGGCUUGCACAAAAAUAAGUAGGUACAUUUAAAAUAUUUCUUUAAAAUUAAAUACAUACAUCCAGAAAUUUCACAACAUUCACUUUGAAAAUGAGUCAGCUGUCAGGUUUGACUUUUCAUGCCAAUAAGAACAGAUCCUUUUAGUUUCCUAUUAUUCAACAAAGUCUGAUAAUGUUUACUUGUGCAGUGACCUAUGGUAUUUUUAAUUUAGUAUUUCAAGGGUUGGAUUUGCAUCUGACUCCAGAAAACCAGAGCUGUUUGCUGUUCUAGUUAAAUGUGCAAUGGUUGAGCGUUGACUUAGAGCAGAGGAGUAGCACGCCAAACUAAGCUACUGGCGUUUCCUUUAAGAUGAAGCUGUUCUCUGUCACUUGAGUAGCUUUUUAGCGUGUUUCUGCAUUGAGACCAACAGCAGACCUUGUAUAUCGAUAAAAACACUAAAGACUGUCGUAUUUUAGCAGCAUAAACAGAGCUGACAGUCUCCAGCUAUAAGCUACUAAAAGCUUGUGUCUGUUUAUGAGCUCACAUUUGGUUUUAUUGCCACCAUAUGUUCUGCUGUCUGCAAACAACUAUGUAGCUCAUUUCUCUCUUCAUGUUUCUGCAAAAAGGGAAAAUCUGAGACUUUUUGUGUCUUUUUAGCACCUCAGACCAACACUACUCACAUUUCAGCGCUCUUUGAACUUUGGAUAAAGGGAUCUCUGGCAUUCUUGAAUUUUCGGGAGGAGAACGAUGGUCUUUUUUGACCCUCCUGUCAUGUAUACAACCCUUUGUAGAAGUUACCUCCAAGGUCUGGCUUCCAUUUUGUUCUAUGUUUUGGAGCCAUUCCUUGCUGGAUCUGUACUCGUAUGGUCACGUAUAUGACGUAAUUUUAUGUACCUUACUGAUUUGUAACUAUUGUUUGUGGACAGCUGGCAUGACUUAAAAACGAGGACUCUUGGUAUUUGUACGCUUUCUCUUUAGUGUGCGCCAUUUAUGAAGAUAAGAAAAGCUUGAUUGACAAGAAAAGAAAUUAAAUGGAAAGAAAAAAAUGAAAAAGAAACCUAAAUGAAAUUGCUAAACCUGUAUAACUUCCCUGCUGAAUGUUCAGUCCUUGGUAAACUCUAUAAAAAUACUGUUAAUAUUUCCAUGUGAUUCCAAAAUGUUUUGGCGCUUGUACGAGACUGUAUGUGUCCCUUUUGCUGUAUAUUCAGUAUUCCAAAACAGUAGCUGCUCUAAUGACUCAAAAUAGAAAAAGAGAUCAUGUAUAAUCAUAUUGUAAGAAGUGUAUUUAUGGCAGCAGAGAACAUUUUGCCAAAUUUGUCCAAAUCCUUUGAUUCCUGCAACCAAAAGGAUAAGUUUUAAUAUUGCCUUUCUUCAAAGUGUAGUGUGGGUGUGUGUCUUUUAAUGAGGUGCAUUUAUUGUGCUGUGUGCUGCAUAAUGAGUGGCAGGGCAGCAAGAUGUGAGUGAGAGAGAGAUUUAAAUAUGUAGAUAAUGACUGAAAAUCCAUAUUUAAAGUUGGGGACCACAAUGAAGAGAAUCUAAGGAUCAGGGUCUUCAGAUAUGAACAUAAACAUGUUUUUCUCUUGUCAUGGCUUUUUUAAUGAUAGAUAAGAAAAAAGAAUUACUCUAGUGUCACAUGAUUAUCACACAUUGUCUCACAAAGAGUCAUUUUAUUUAUUUGGACGCAGAGUCAACUGACUUUUGUGGGUUUCAGAAAGCUGAAAAGGAGGUCGAAGCCUCGUUAUAGCAGGUCGUCAGAGUCUUUAUGGUUUAGCGGAGCUGAGCAGCGCAUCGGGUUUUCAAAAUGUGAAUGUCGAUGGAUGAAGCAGGUAGAUGAGUCGUUGGAUUCAUCAAGAGCAGUUAGCUGUAAAUAGGUAUUAACUAGAUAGUAUUAGCUUGAGUUAGCAUGUCAACAUGGCUCAGGUGGUGUUUGAAUGGAAAAGGCUUGGAUGCUUAGAAUGUAAACCCCACAAACUCACUGGCCUCCCACUAAAACCCGCUUUAAGCGUUUCUAAACCAAUUUAAUUGUGUGCAAACAACACAUCUGCAAUCAGCCUGAAUCAUCUCCUGCGCACUAUGUUGAAAACAUAUAUUAUUUUUGUAAGGACAGAGGUAUUAUUCAGAGAAGGAGAAAAGAGUCGGAGAGGCGGUGUGGGCAAAACCUGCCUUUAGACUUUUGCAAAAAUGAGGGCUUGUUCAGUUUACAAUGGCCUUAUUUCGUGUACGAGACAUUGCUUCACUAUUGUAGCACACAACUGAAAGUUUUGACAAAUGUAUUUUGCUUGGAAUAUUGUACUGAAGUUAUAUAUGUGUAUAUGUAUAGUUUUAUGAAUGUAUUUCUAAUUCCUUACACCAGAACGGAGUGCAAUUUUUUUGUCAUCCUGUUUGCUAUCUCGUCUCCUUGAAGACUUUCCAGGGGCCUGGCCUGCGUCGGUUCAGGAGGCCCCCUUACUUUUACUGUACUGUACACUGUACGUCUUAUGAUUUGUGUUUAAAAAGAACAGCUCUGUGUUUGAAACAAGCAUGAAUUCUGUCAGGCGAAAUGCAUUUUUAUUUAUUUAAAUCGCCACGAUGGGUUUUGGAGCAGAAAGGAUUGCUAUUCCCCCUCCUUGCAACGAUUAACUUAUCGAUUUAUCCAUCAAGCCGAUGGAAUUGUUAUAUUUGUACUUUGAACUAGAAAACGUUUGCCGCAUGGUUACUCAAAUGACUUUCUUGUAUUUAAUCUUUCUGAUGGUAUGAUUAUGAUGAUAAAUAAUUAAGAUAAUGACAAUGGUGAGAAAGAGAAGACCCAGUACUAUAUCAAAGGCAAUUUGACGAUGAGCAAAAGAAUUGCCAAAAAUGCUGUAACCUAAAGUAGCAUGGAGUUAGCCUUACAUUUUCUGAAACACUUCUUCUGGCAAUAACCAGUGGCUGUAGCUUCUACUGUUGCUGGGGCCGUCACUGUUGGCCACUCUCUCAGUCUUUGGAGCUUGCGAUGUGGUAUCAGCUGAGCUACCAUGAUGGCAAAUAAGAUAUGAAAUUGAAUCACAUUUUCAAGCACUAGAAGCAAUUUAGACUCAACAGAGCAUGUAAUGCAUUGUGAAUAACUGCUAUAUUAUGAUAGCCCAUAUGAGCAACAAAUUUUCUUUUUAAUUUUCUAAUGAAGCAUGCAUUCCAAGUGUCUGUUUGCCAGAGUUACUGCUGAGAACAAAACAGACAUCGCUGCAGAGCUGAGGGUCAUAUUAGAGUUCCUGUUGCUGAAUAUGCCAGUUUGUCUUCAUCCACGUCUUUAAAUGUCAGUGAUCACAGCACAAGUUUCCUGAGUAGCCAUUCUGUCCGUUUUAGCAGUCUGUCAGACUAUAUUAAGGCCAUAGUAGCUUCCCUCCCCACAGUCAAGACAACCAUCAUCUUAUCAAGCCCAGCAAAGCACAAAAUACAACCUCUACUAACGGUUUUGACUUAAAUUAAGGCAAACCUUUGGCUAAAUUUAAUAAUACUUAAUGGACCGCAAUGACAUUCCCAAACACAUGUAGUAGACUGAUGCCUUGGCAUUAAAUGUAAAGAGCCUCUAGUGAAAUGAACGAAUCAUUCAGCCCAGUUUAAUUGGAUCGCUUGUGUUGGUAAAUGAGCGGUUGUCUUUUCUGAACUGGCCUUAAACUUUCCGCCGAGGAUUGUUCAGAGUACGUUUUAAAGGGCAAAGCAAAGCAGAGAACGUCCGGUGAGAGGAUGCAGUUUAUGGCGACGAAGAAAAAGGGAGCUGUAAUUUUAUACCUGUGCUUUGUAAAUGUUUUCUAUGUGCAGUAUUUGAUAAUGUAAAACUGGUAUUUUUGUGGUUUGUACGCUGCAAAAUUGAUUACUUAAGGUGCACGUAGUUUUGUAAGAAAAUAGAACCAAACUGAGGAAAAAAAGGAGAAAAAAAAUCUAUUUCGGAUUCAGAAGCCUGUAUUUGCAUGCCCUUUGACAUCUGGACGCAAAGUCAAUAAAGUUUAUUUGAAUCACAAAAAAAAUUCUCCACCAA